UUUGGCGCAGAGCAUGCUUUACAUAUCCUGUCAACAUUUCAGUAUCGAAUCAGUAUCGGUAAACAGAAAAAACUCUUUCCAAAUUGUGUAGGGUUAUUUUUUAGUUUCGCAAUUCGAAAUGGCUGAAAUCCUGGAAGAGUUCAUCACCCUGACGCCCUUGACUUGUGUGCAACAAUGCAAUGCUUUACUAGGCUCAACAUCAGGCAAACCUAGAAGCUGCUUUGUAUUUUUUACACUAUUUGGCGUAUACUGCGGCGUUCUCAUCUUUCGGGCGUAUCGCACAUAUUCCUCUAAGCCAGAAGCAGACGGGGCGAAGAUAACAGAAGAAGUUACUUCUGGGGCUAAAGCGGAAGAUCUGGACAUAGGACCAGGUCCCAGUCUUGUGAAUGAGUUUGUGGAGCGAGCGAAACCGAUUCUGCUGCAGCCCGUUGAGUUUUCCAGUACUGACAUGAGAUGGCGCUAUAGCAACCACUUGGAGGAACCUGAAUUAAAAUCAGAUUGUGAUAGUGAAAACGGAGUAACCGAGAAAGAUAACAGUGAUGACCUCGAACAGAUGAGCAAUCUUGUAAAUGAUGAACACGAGUCGGAUGAAUCCAGAUCGAUAGCAACGCCUCAGACGCAUGACGAUAACGCGGAUGGUGAACACGUCGAACCCACACCGUUUUCGGUGUGAUUCACAAUGCAAUUUUAGCAAAAUUGUCGUGUGAUUGACUUGAAAUAAAUCAUCUUUUAAAACCCUUUCAAAACGUA